CUAGAGUGUAAUCUGUGAUUUUAGUUUGGUUAGCAUUAACUGUUAGCUGUAAACUGUUCAAAGCGUGUGGUUGUAUGGUUUCAAAGGACAAAGUGACAGAGUUUUGAGGACGUGUGCGAGGAUUAGAGACACUCACAAUGAGUCUAUCUGUGGAGCAACAGCAUAGCAGGAAUCCCAGCCGAGGAGAGGAGGAGGUGGAGGAACAACAGGAGGAGGAGAGGGGACUGGGGGACACCCCUCUGGUGGCCCUUGCACCUGAUGCUUCACUCCCGGAGGAGCAGCCCUCUGCCUCUACUGAUGUCACUGCUAGUCCUGCUUUCCAGUGCCUAGACGAGUUGUUGUCAUUGGGCAAAAUUAGCCACACCAAAGUAACCCAACUGAAAUCCAGCUACAGGCAACUUCAUGAUGUGCUGAAGAGUACCCAGGAUUCUGAAAUCCACCUUUUGGGAGAAGCAAAGAGGUGUCGUGCUGAGCUGGAGAGGCUGCAGGCUGAGGUGGAGAGAACAGAGGAGCAGAGCACCUCUAAGGAGCCUGAAAGUGAGGUCAAUGAACUGAGGCAACAGCUCCUCCAGGCAUACAAUGAACUGAGAGCUACAGAGGACAGAGAGUACAAGACACAGCACCAACUGAGAUGUCUCUGGGAAGAGAAGCAGUAUCUGGAGAAAGAGAAUGAGAUUCAUCCGAAACCUGCUGAGCUGGAGAGCAGAACAAAGGCCCUGCAGGACAAACAUGAGGAUCUGAGGAAAGAGGUUUCCCAGAGACAACUGGAAGUCAGAAGUCUGACAGAAGAUGUGGAAUUGCAUGAAACGCAGAUAUUGAAAGAGCGGAAAGAGCUGGAAGACAAGUCGGAGAUCAUAGAGCUCAAAGAGGCCGAGAAAGCCCAACUCAUCAGCGUCCCUGACCAGAUUUUCAAGGAGAGUGAGAGGAAACGCUCUAAGAGGGAAGCUGCAAUAAAGAAGAUAGAAGCACUAAAUACAGAGAUUUCUGAAAUGGAGCAGCAAGUGAAGGAAGUGGACGAGCGAAAUCACUCCCUGAGGCUGAAGAAGAAGGAGUUGAAUGAGGAGCUGGAGGGUCUCAGGGCCUGUGUAGAGGCCAGUCAGAGGCAGUCCAGAAAGCUGCUAAAAGAGCAGGAGGUCAACAGGGAGGAGGAGGCUGAAUUCAUGGGGAACAGAGGUAUCCUGGAAAUGAAGCUGCAGAACAUCAUGUGUGACAGGAAGCACCUGUAUGAGAGUCAAUGUGUGCAGCUCAGGGAGAAAAACAGGCAGAUGCAAGCCCUCAAGAGGAUGGAGCAUGCGUUGGCCAUGGCCACUGAACAGCUAGAGCACACGCAAUAUAUCUACAAGGAGUUAGAGGCACAGUUAGAUGCUAUUCCUAAUCGAGAGGCCAGUACUCAGCAGAAGACGGAGCUUCAGAAAGAGGUGGACGCUCUCAAAGUCAGCUUUGAAAAACAGCUAUCGGUGGCUGGGGAGGAGAGCCAGAGGAUGCAACAGUACGGGAUGAUUCAGGAGCUGCUGAGGGAGUCGAACAGCCUCCGGGAAGAACUCCAUAACCUCAGGUGUCUGACACAGAUCAAAGUGGAGGAGAGGGGCCAGAAGCACCGUGAACUGCUUCGGGCUGAGCAGCUGAACCAGCACAUCCAGCAGGAGCUCAGAGAAAAAGCCCUGAUCAUCAUGGACCACAACAAGCUGAACACUAUACUACAGCGCAGAGUUUCACAGUAUUGUAAUCUGUGCGACAUGAUUACGAAAGAGAAGGAUAAGUACGUCAAACUGAAGCAGAUUGCCUCACAGACGAUCUCAGAGCUGACGGAGCAGGUUAAGGUGCUGCAAAAUGAGAUGGAGAUCCAACGAACCAUUGUCGUCAACAAGGACCGAUCAGUCACAAAGGCUUGCAUGAAGAUCUCUCAUAGCUUGAAAACAAGGGACAAACUGUGCAAUGACAUCUCCAAGGUUGCCUGGAAGCACCGUCAGAUCACACAGGAGUAUGAGGACAACAGUCUGGAGUUGAUGAAACUCACACAAAUGAUGAACCUCCAGGAGCAGGCACUUCUGGAAAUAAACAAGAGUCAUGAAACGGCCAUACAGCGCCGCAAUUUUCUUGGCAUUCAUCUCCUGGAGCAUGAGGAAGUGUUAUUCAACUACUAUGAAAAGGUGAACAUCCAGGAGGCGGCCAUUUCUAAGGGCAACAUGACACUGGAGGCCCUGGAGAAGGAGAUGAGCGAUUUACAGUUGGAGAUUAAUGAGAAGAAGAGACAGAUAGAUCUGAAGAAGAAGGAUGUGCCCCUCAAGAGAAAGUUGGAGGGAGAGAUCACCAUGCUGCAGAUAGAGCUGUCGGAAGCCAGCGACAAGACACUUGAGGGUCUGAAUCGAACAGUUGAUUACAGAGAGCUAAAAGGCAAAGACCCCUCAACUGCAGAAGUGGUUAAGAAGAUCGAGCAGCUGGAGGUGAAUCUAGCAGAGAAGGAAAGGCGGUUGCUGGAAAAAGAACUCCUUGUGGACCAGGUGACCCGGCUCUUGAAGCCACUGAGUGAGCAGGCUGAGAACUGCCAACAGGACAGACUAUCACUGGCUAAGAAGUUGAACGAGCUCCGAACUCACAUAAUCGACACCAACCACCGCCUGAUGGCCGUCUCUGCGGAACUUUCCAUGAAGCAAGCUGCUGCUUUGUCUCUCCAACAAGAGAUCAAAGAGAAAGAGCUCCAGAUGGACAGGUGCCAGCGGCAGCUGGAGCAGGGCCUGCCACCAUGCCCUGAGAUAGAGGAGGAGUGGAGGAGGAUGCUGCGAGACAAGAAGAGGAGACAGAGGGACAAAGAGGAGAGAGAGAGGAUGGCUGAAGAAGACUGGAACCAGUUGCCUAACGGAGUGUACACCACAGCUGAAACCCGUCCCAACGCGUACGUCCCCCAGGCCGACCUUCUCCCUCUGCCCAAACCCUACGGCGCCCAGGCCCCCUUCAAACCCUUGCAGCCAGGUGCCAACAUGAGACACGUCCGCAAACCAACACUCAAACCCUUAGAGAUAUAGGAAACAACACACACACAUCAGAGUCCUGUCAAACAGAAACAUUUUUAACUUCAACAGCUUUUUUCAGUGCAUUUCAGUUAUUUGUCUCAUUUCUAUCACACACGUAUUGAUCUGUCUGCUCUGCACACACCUCUCAGUGCCGCUCCUUCCUCUUCCGCCUCGUUUCUUGUGAAUGUUUAUGUCCUCAGUGUCCAGAAUGCCAUUGCUGUUUUGUCAUGUAAGAGAGCACUCGUGCAUCUGGUUGUAAUUUCGUCCCCUAAAUUUACUGGCAAGGGCUUGUUUACGCUCUUGCUUGCCGUAACACCAAAUACUGUAGAAAAGUGGGAAGGAAGACAGAGUACAUGGGGGAGAUGAAAUGUGUGUGUAACAACAUUUGUAUUUACUUCAUUGCUUGGCAGCAUGUCAUUUCUGUCUUCCUUUCUCUUAAAGAUAAAUUCAUGUCUCAGGGACGCUGGAAUGUUUCUAAAUAUUCUCCAGUCUUGUUGCUGUUUCAUCCCUUGCACUUGUAAUCUUGCAGCUGAUGAAUAAAUUGCAGUGGGUUUAAGCUCUAAGCCAGGCUAAGAGUCCCUGCGUAAUGCCUGAAAUGAUAAAUGUAAAUAUAGAGAGGAAGAUCGGGCAAUGAAAGAGCAUCGAGAAUCACAAAGAGAGAGGAGAAUUUAAAUGAAGAGGAAUGAGAGGCGGCAGUCGGAAAAGAGUCAAAGGGAAGAAAUGGAUAAAAGUGGAGCUCUUAAUGGGGUGGAGAGUUCAGGUUUGGUUACUGGUGACCAGAAAGAAAGUCAUUUGCCGUUUGAAGCUUCUACUAAUUUACUGGAAGUCGUUCUAUCUACCGAUCUCGGGGUGAAAGUAGUUUGGGUGUCAGUGAGCGUAUUAAGCAACUUGUAAACAUGUGUGUUUGUGGACCAAGUUCAUGUGAGGGCCAGUGAAUCACAACCACUAAUGUGCCGCUCAGCUAAUGUGGAAAUAUAUAAAUCCUAAUACGCCUGUAAUUGUGUUUACGAGAAAAAUAAACAUCCAAAUAGAAUUACAAAUUUGUGUGACUGAUCUUUAGUUAAUUUAUUGUCACAAUAAAUGAGCUACCAGCGACAACAGGCAGGAGACACCCUACACACACGAGUCAGUUGUAGCAUGUGUUGUAGUGUCAAAGUCAAAACCACCAAAACCAAGAACAGGUCAUGACCAAGAAUGGAGUGAAUCAAGACUAAGUCAACACCAGACCAGUGUGAGUCCCACACUGCAUGACACACUCAUGAUAAAAUGUGAAACAUCAAAACACAAGAUCCACAUCCCAUAAAAACAACCGUAGAAAACAAAUGAAGAUGAGACACGUCUUGAUAAAAUUAAAGACACCACGAGCAAAGCAAGCACACUAAGGUGCUAAAAUUAACUGAACCCUCGUUCCUCAUCACUCCUUUUUUGCACGGGCAAUUUACCAAAUAUGUCACAGUUGUGAACUUGUCCAGUCUUGAAAUAAUAAACUCCCAAGACCUCUUUGUCCAAGACCAAAACACAACUGAACUGAAAGUGCAGUCAGAAGUGUUCUUGAGCCUGACCAAGACCGAUCUCGUCUACCACAACACUAUAAGCUAGCAGAAAAGUCAAAAUACUUAGUGAAACAAUUAAAACAAUUCAACUCAGUAUGCCUUGGUUUCUUUAAAUGUGGCACAAAUGUCCACUUGGACUCGAAAAAGAAAUGAUUAGAUUUGGAAGGUCAAAAUUCAAGGUCACUGUGACCUCACAAAACACAUUUUUUAGCCAUAACUCAAAAAUUUGCUAAUUGUGACGAAAUUUCACACAAAUGUCUAAACGAAUAAAAUGAUGGCAUUUAAUAUCCAAAAGGUCAAAGGUCAAGGUCAAUGUGACAUCAUAAUGUUCUGCAAAAACACUUUUAUUAUUCAACAUUAUAGCUCAGUAACAGCAGUGGAAACAUUUGGUCAGAUACUGAAUUAGUGUAAACUGCAACUUGACUGGUUGGCGUUAAGUGUUCAACAACGAACCAUUAAUGUUAUUUAGUGGUUCGUAGACCACAUUCACCCCGCCUGUAAAAAUCUCAUCAAACCAAGUCAUCAGAAACAGUGGGUCAUGCAGCAAUAAAACAUUCUGGGUAGUUUUAUUGAUCAAACCCAACUCAAACAAGAGUUGGAAUCAAGUUUCAUUAAAAUUUAAUCCACAGUACCAUCCGUACUCUUUUUAAUAUUCUCUGUUGGGUCAGAUUUGACCCAGAACACUACAGACGUAACAAUUUUUUCAACACCUCAGACAUUUUCACAUGUAAGGACACAAUACCUGAACACAGUCAGAAGGUAAGAAUAUUUAACAGGGGAGAAAAAGGACCCUGCAAGCACACACGCUGGAUAAACAGUGGAAA